AUCGAUGUAUAUAUCUACAGCUUUCAUCUCUGGCUCGUGUUGUUUGUGUAUAUCACGAGGAAAAGGCAAAUAACCCAGAUGAAACUUAGGGAGAGCCAUCACUGAAAUCUUUAGACCAGUGUAAGGGUGUGGGGGAGAGAUAGCUUUUUUUCUAAAAUUAAAUUGGCAUCAUCGAAUCUGGAUUGAUAGAGAGGAUUUAGGGUUUGUAGGAGUUGAAGAGGGAAAUUAGGGUUUCGUUUUAAUUUUGUGUUCUCUAUAGGGUGAUGGAGAUGAUGGGGGAAAGCCAAUUCAAAGGGAGAUGAUUUGGAGACCUGAAUCAUUUGCAAAGAGCUUGAUAGAAAUCGGUUUGCGAGUCGAGGAGAAUUAAUUUUAUUGUAGAUGGCUGAUAGAAGAGUUGGUAAACGUCCAGUGGGUCAGAGAGGUUUCUCAAAAGUGGAGUCUGGAACUUGUAAUGUUUGUUCUGCUCCAUGUUCAUCAUGCAUGCACCGUAAUGUAGGUUCCACAGUAUCAAAGUUGGACGAGUCAUCAGAUGAAAACUGUCAUGGAGUAGUGGGCAGCCAGUGUUCUGUCAACGAGGACGAUCUUUUGCCUGCUUCCAUAACUAAUACUCACAACAGUUUAAAUAACACUGCUAGUGAAGCAAGCAAUCUUGUUAAUUCCAGUCAUGAUGCUCUCUCUGAGAAUGCUGAGAGUAAGGAAACCAUAAGAUGUUCUGGGAUAUCAGAUGAUUCCGGAGCUGUUGCAAUGACAUCUCUUUCUGGGAGCAGGAUGAAUCAGAAAGUCUCUGCAUCAGCUAAUGUGUUAGAUCAGAGCUCUAAUUGUGUAGAGGGCCAGGAAGAUGGGAUAUUGUCUGAUGAUCGAGCCAAAAAUUUGAAUUCAGCUCUGGUUUCUAAUCCUAUUCUGGGUGGAUCUAGGAAAGAGUCAUCAAACCAUGAGGACAGAGUCAGUUCUGAGAGAGGAAAUUUCAAGGAAAAAUCAGGACCAGGAGGUGACAAAGAGAGAGAGGAAUCUUCAGUUGAAGGAUCGUCACGUUCAGGCGAGAAUAGGAAGGAUGGUAAAUCAAGUAAAAGCUCUUCGUUAAAUAUAUCAGAUGAGCCAAUCUCAUCAGCUGUGUCUGAGAGCGAGAGUGAUGGUUCUGAACUGCUGGAACAUGAUGUAAAGGUUUGUGAUAUCUGUGGAGAUGCUGGUCGUGAAGAUUUACUCGCUAUCUGUAGCGGAUGCAGUGAUGGUGCAGAGCACACCUAUUGCAUGCGGGAAAGGCUCAAUGAAGUUCCUGGGGAUGAUUGGCUAUGUGAAGAAUGUGCUGAGGAAGCUGAAAAGCAGAAGCAAGAAGCUAAGAGAAAGAGAGAAACUGAGGUAACCCUCAAUGCACAUAGUUCUGGCAAAAGGUACGCAGAUAAAAUUGAGGCAGCUCCAGAUGCGAAAAGACAGGCGGUUGAGGCUCCAACUGGGUCACCUAAGAAAUCUAUUCUCCCUAGAAUAGGUGCUUUAUCUCGGGAAACAUCAUUCAAGGGCUUAGACAGGUUAAGGGGAAAGCUAAAUCAUCAAACAUCAUUCAGUGAUGACACAGAGAGUGCACGAUCUACUGGUUCACAGCUCCAACCUCCAAAAGGUGCAUUUUUGAAAUCCAGUUCCUUCAAUUGUUCGAGCUCGAAACCGAAAGUGCAACUUAUGGAUGAUGCUAUUCACCCAAGACAGAAGACUGGCAAAGAGUAUACUGCACUUGAGUUAAAGGAGGGGGGUUUUAGAAAUGUUGGAAAAUCAAUGUCAAGUAGAACAACAGAUUCAGGGAGUUCUAGUGGUAACGACUCGCAUGCAAAAGUGCUUGGAUCGAAAGUCCAUCAUUUGCAAGAAGGCAAAAGCUCAAAGCAAGUGAAAGAUCGUAGUACAGAAGCUAAAGUGUCAGCAUCCUCCAUCGACCAGAAGUUGAAAUCACGCGGCAAUUCGUCUGUUUCACAUGCAAACAAUAAUCGUGAUUUGAAGGGUUUGCAGUCUGAUGGUAAACGAGGUAGCUUGACGAAGCAAGUCAGCAAUCUUAACCGAAACCGUCUAGCAAAUCCAGUUGCUUCGGGAGGAGAUGUUUCCAAAAAUGAAAAGUGCAGUGGCAGCGAACAAAGUUCAAGUCAAGCCGACUGUAAGGACGAACUGCCAUCCCCUUCUUGUACGGGUGAGGGCACACCAAGCCACGGUACUGUAGCUUUACAUGAUGGAUUGCCGCGGUCCAGGGAAUCUAGAGAGGUUGGGAAGAAAAGCAAAGAAGCCGUUGGUAAACGCCAAAGGUCUAGCCUAUUAUCUGGUGCAAAAGGCUUACCAUCACAUCAAAAGGGAGGUCAGACUGCAGAAUCCAGCGACACCUCAGGCGUGCCUGAUAGUGAUCUCUCUACCACAAAAAAAGUUAAGGAGGAUAUAAAUAAGGGUAAUAGGUUACGAGCAGCAGUAGAUGCUGCCCUGCGUAAAAAGCCCAGCUUUACCAAGAACAGAGGAUUGGAGCAAUCUGAUGCGUCAUUGGUAUCUAAUGUGGAUUCUAGCUCUGAUAAGACUCUACGAAAUCAAUUGCCUCCAAAAUUGCAUAAGAAUUAUGUGUCACACGAAGGAUUGCAAGGAGGGCAUCCGACUUUAUGGCCUACUUCCGAUCCGUACAAACAGACAGUUGUAACAAAUGAGAAGCAGCUUGUACUCUCUGGUGCUGAUACAAUACCUCCACGAUCUAUGGAACUUGAAGUCAAUUUUCCCUCCAUAAAGCCUGUUAUGAGAGAUUUGCCUUUAGUUCCCUCGCCUGUUAUAUUGAGAAGCUCAGCCAUUCCUGACCAUGAGUCUAUAUGGCAGGGAGACUUAGAGGUGCGGAAAAUCAGAAACCAGUUAGCUAUGUGUAGCGGAAUGCAAGCACAUCUGUCAACCUUGGCAUCACCCAGGGUUGCUGAAGUGGUGAAUAAAUUUCCAGAAAAAUUCAGCUUGAAUGAAGUACCUCGGCUAAGUACAUGGCCAGGACAAUUUCAAAAAUUAGGUACUAAGGAAGACCAUAUAGCUCUAUUCUUCUUUGCAAAGGACAUUGAGAGUUAUGAGAGAAACUACAAGCCUCUAGUAGAUAACAUGAUCAAGAACGAUUUAGCUUUGAAAGGGAACCUCGAGAAUGUUGAGCUUCUGAUUUUUGCGUCCAACCAGCUUCCUCUAAAUUGCCAGCGCUGGAACAUGUUAUAUUUCCUUUGGGGUGUAUUCCGAGGAAGAGGAGAGACUUGCACUAACCCACAAAAGAACACAUCUUUGCCUACUUCAAAUGUUAUGCCGCGUGACAGAGACCCCAGUGAGCUGUGUCAAACGAGUUCUCCUUCCAAGCAUCUUGAGAAAGUGUCUUCUCCACGUGAGAGCUCAUUCAACAGAAUUGAAACUCGGAAUGGGACAGAUGCAAUUAGUCAUGAGAAUCCAAGUAACAUAGUAUCCUCUAUUGAGCGAUCACCGAGCACAAAGGAGGAAAUUGCUCCUAAAGUGGAAGAAGCAGCUACUGGAAUUAGUUCUGGAGAUAAUCUAGUGAGGAAGGCCCAGCAAAUUGGGGAACAAGGAUUAGGUGGUAGAAAGGAUGUCCCUUUGACUGUCAUGGGAUCAGGGAUCGAGUCCCAUGGCUUAGACAAUCAGGCUAGUCACAGGAAGCGUUCACUUUGGGAACUGACAAGACCCGCUAACGAGGAUUCAUCUGCCAUAAACAAGAAAGUGGAGCUCAAUAAUGAUGGUUUAUGCGAAGGGUCCCCGAAUAAGAAGCUAAAGACAGAAAACGGAAGCAGCAGCUUCUCCCGGGAUACAUCUGGUCACGAUUCCGGGAUCAUGGAGAAGAGUCCAAAAAUCGUGUUCCCUUUGGACUUGAAUGUCGAAAGAGACGACAGCGAAAUGGUGGAUAAUCUCAUCCCACUUGGCAAUGACGAGAACAAGAGAGGGUUAAUAAGCGGUAAAGUCCCGAAUCUGGAGCUGGCGUUAGGAGCUGAGGAAGGAAAUGAAGACACUAUGGGACUGUUGCCUUUCUUAGGGGGAAGUGGUGAACAAAGUAGCAGCAAUAGUAUGAAGAAAGAAAAACAGAAAGCAGAGGAAGAAGAUGAUGAAGGGGCGGACGCAGCAUCUCUGUCUUUAUCACUCUCAUUUCCAGGAAACGAGGAGAGGAAGAAUGUGAAUGCUCCGUUGUUUCUGUUCAGAGACCUUCCCAGAUAAACAAAAAAAAAGUUAAGUUAUCGUUAAGUUUUAUUUUUGAGUGUCCUUUAGUUGUUUUUAUUUUUUUUUGGUUGGUUGGUGAAGAAGACUCCAACGAGAUAAAAUCACAAGGUUUGUAUAUAUAAAUGGUGAUGGGAUAAAGGAUACCGAAUGUUUCUAAAUAUUAUAAUUGGUUAUAUAUUUUAUAGAAGAAUAACAAAAAGAGUGUCUCCC